AUGAAUGGAACUGGAGGUGGAGGCGGAAGUCGACCAUAUCCUGCUUCCUUUACCGGAAGCCAACCAUCCCGUUCAUCGAACCAAGCUGCUGCAGCUGGCAUACAUGCACCGAGCUACAGUCUAUCCCGACACAGCCAAGUUCCACCUUCAGAAUCCUUCAGUGGAGCCACCAUCUCUAGUCCCACCCACCAAGACAAGCCUGUUCCUCUAAGCACAAGUGCUUCUUACACAACACCGUCGUCACGACCAGUGCCUACAGUACAUCUAACAUCUGUAGAAGAUCCCACACUCAACGUAGAAAACGUUGGUCAUGAAUGGGAACGACGGGACAGUCGCAGUUCAAACCGCAGCGGGACUUCAAGUCGCUUCCUUGGGGUCAGCACGGGAUCCGCCUGGACCAAAUGGUCACGUGAACGGCGAGCUAGCUACAGACGCAGGUUGGAAAAAAUGGAGCAGGAGAACCCUAAAGCGCCAACGGAUACUGCUCGCAUCUCAACCCCAAUCAAAAAGGCCCGCCAAGAGGGGCUGAAGUUCGUCCAUCCGGACCUAGAGGCGAGGUAUUUAUCCGAGGAUGAUAUCAACGAACUACGUCGACACAAACAACAACAGGUCCAAGCCAUGCGGGUAAUCGAACGAAGCAGACGACACAAAUUUCGUUUGAAAAACGAGCUAAAACUGACGCCGGAACAGUGGCACCUGCUGCAGGAGUUCUGGAAUCAUACGUUUUUUGUGCGGACCCGGUUCUUGGGGAUCAUUCUCAGUUUCAUCACCCUCAUCUUUAUGAUCGUCAGCAUUACCCAUCACUCCUGGCUGAAGCACAGUGAAUGGAACUCAACAGUUGUGGAGGGACUUUGGGUCAACUGCACACAAUCAACUGUGAUCCCCAACUCCUCGCAGGGAUGUACCUCCAGUCACGGCAGGAAUUUGCAAAAUGCUGUGAUAGGGCUCCUGAUAUUUUCAGCGACCUUCGGCUUCCUUGCUUCCGUUCUCUCAGUCUGCGGUGUUUUCACCAACCCACUACCCAGAAAAAUUUACUACUUCCAUUCUGCGGGUGAAAUUUGUUUCAUAUGUGCCCUCAGUGCCAGUGUUGCCUUGAUUGUCUUCCCAAUAGCUGUAGAACUUGAUGACACAAUACACUCACGCCAGUACGGGGUCGGCUACGGCCUCGGCUGGGUUGGAACUCUCUUCUUUGUCGCUGCUGCCAUAUGUAUGAGCCUUGACGAUUUAGUCCGGGAGUCUUCUAGAGCCAAAUGCUGCCAGUGGUGCUGGCGAAGUCACCAAACAAACGGAAGUGAGCUGCGCCAGGUUUGA